AUGAAUGAUUAAAUAAAUACUCAAAUAAUUAAAUUGAUAAAAAAUAUCUAUAUAAUAAUAAUAAUAAUAAUAAAUAAAUAGAAUAAAAAAAGGUGUAACAUUGGAAAGAUCCGAGAGAAUAUAUGCCAUCAUGCAGCAUUUAAUGCUGCAUUAAUUAGAGAGCAGGAGGAAAUCAUAUCCUCUGACAAAAUAUAUUUUUAAAGAUAAGUGUCACUACCAUCUUCCAUCUUUUGUAUAAGUAUGUAGAUAUCACAAUCAUUUUUUUAUCACCUACACAUCACUAUGAAACCCCAAAAUAGAGACUUUGUCCCCAAGUUUCAUAAACAAACUGCCAAAAUAGAAGCAGCUGCCUCUCCUCACCUCCUCCUCCUCCCCGCUCUUCGACACCUAAAGUUUCACAAGGAAAUGGGUGCAGCGAGUAGUAGCAAGGAGCGAGAGGAGCCCCACAACAAAGAACGAAUUACCAAGCAAGGUGGGAUUAGGGCAACAUCAUCAUCAUUGAAAGAUGAGGAGGAGGUGAGGAAGAUGGUGUUGGGGUCAAGGCCACCUGCUUGUGUCAACAAGUGCAUGACUUGCAGGCCAUGCGAGGCUACUUUGGUAAUUCCACCUCAUCAAACCAAGAAAUGGGGAGUGUCUAUAUCAUCUCACAGAGAAGAUGACACCUACUAUCUUCUAUCUUGGAAAUGCAGGUGUGGGAAUAAGCUUUAUCAACCUUAAUUAUCUCCUAUUUCUACUACUCUAUUAUUUUGUACUAUCAGACUCCACUUUGUGUUUAUUCAAUUUAUUAAUAAAAAUUAGUAAUUUAUAUUUGGUGUA